AGGCGGCUGAAGCGCGUCGCCGCCAAGCGGGCAACCUCGACCAGAUUGAACACGAGGUAGCAGAUGAUGACAAGCAGCUGAGCGAGAAUAUGACAGUGCCACUUGACUUUAGGCCUGUCUUGAAACCAGAGUGGGAUGAAUGUGCCAACGAUACCUUCUCCGUGAGGUUACAAGUCAUUGAGCGUUUUGUCCGGGCUGGCUCGAAGGUUCUGAUGCGCGUGCGAGCGCAGCAAAGAUCCAAGAUGUUGUGGGAGGCAAUUGGUGAAGCUGGGGUUUCUGACAGGAAGAGCUGUCAGGCUUGGGUUGAGGCUGAGAACAAGGCUGCUGCAUCUGGAACUUUGGUGAAAGCAGAGAAGACACAGAAAUCAGAAGCCAAAGGAACAGACGAGGACACUGACAGCAAUCUUUUGAUAGUCCAUAUCCCCAAUGAUUUCGUUCUCCCGCUCCAAACGCCGACAAGAGUGUUAGGCUUCUCCGCUGAAGAGCGGCAGCCUGUGGAGGUGCUUCAGCUGGACAACUUUGAAGAGUUUUUGCCUCUUGAACCACCAGUCCGUCUUGACUACAAGGUACUGGAUUACCCACUCCAUGAAGUACCGCCACCCUCAGCGUACAUGAAGCCAAACAAUGAAAGAAACCGCUUGACAGCUGCGCUUGAGGAGCACCUCGUUUGCGGUGAGUGUGGGGACGUGCUGGAUGGGGCUGAAUUGCCUGUGGACAUGCCAGAGUCGUGCCUCCUCCCUCCAGUGCAUGAUGCCCUGUCAUUGUUGAUUCCUUCUACGGACUGCAGGACAUAUGUGGCCUUUCCAGAGUCAGCCGAAUGCGAUCCGGAGUACCAAUUGGCACAGAAGCCCGACUUGCUUGAUCAACUUCGAGCUGUUCCCCUUCUUCCACCUGACAUUAUGUCCUUGGAAACUCCGUGGUUGGAGUCUUGGAGGGCACCACGUCAAGUUCAAGAUCCUUUUCAGCACAGCGACCCUUUCGAGGCAAACUUUGCUGAGGCUGGUGGUGCUUUGGGACCUUUGCUCGGCUCGGAUCUUGGUGGCCAGCGCUUGUCUUUUAUGCCAGCUGGUGGCUUGGAGAGGGACCUGCCGAGCGACACUGACGAUGAUGAGCAACCGGAGUUCAACAUACCAGCUCCAGGCGCGGACGUGCAAGACAAUGCAAUGUCAAGCCUUGAGGGGCAAGUCAAUUCGGAGAUGUGGUGCAAGCAAGGCGCUGCAGAGGAGCGAUUGCAGCAACUUUGUUCCCUGAACUGCUGCGUGCAAGGCCGACUGAAUACAUUGAACUCUGAGAUGACAGGCCACAAGCUUUACCUUGGCUGAUCAUGCUCUCGUCAUUCAGUUCCUG